UGCUCAUCUCAAAUUCAAAAUUUCUACGAAAAGUAAACACAAAACAAUCCAUAUUUUACACAAAGAUUAUAAUAAUCCAAUUAUAACCAAAUCCACCCUAAGACUUUGUGAUAACUACUCCUAGCACUUCCUAACUAACCAGAUGGGAUAAUUUAACAAUCUUUUCCACAUCAAAACGCGUCGUUUCAUCAAAAUCUUCCUCUAUAAGCCCUCCUAAACGACGUCGUAUAAUCCAACACAACACAAUUCCAAGCAGGAUUCCCAGCCUCAGCUCCCCAUAGAAGCUAAAAAUAAGUAAAGGCCUUUAUAUAUAAAAACACACACGAAUACACACUUUUCUCUAUAUCCUCUCGCCGGCCGGAGAUAUACCUCGCCGGAAUACGAAAAUUUAGCUAAUUAACCUUGUUUAUCUAUGUCAUCGUCGGUGAUAAGUUGAUUGGACCGCUAAAAUUCUCACUUCGAUCCAUCGUUUUUUUUGAUUCAUACAUUCUUUUCUUCUUCAUUUUUUUGGGGGGGUUUUAUUCUCUGCAGCGGCGAGAAAAGUGAAUGGAGGAUUACGGGAGCAGCGACGAAGAUAUAUAUUCAUCUGAUCAAGACUCUCUUGACGGACUGGAGAAUGACGAGUCCGAUUCUCAGUGGGGCUCUUCCACCGGCAAUUCCUGCAAGGUGAUUACUAGGGAGUCUCUCUUGGUGGCACAGAGAGAAGAUUUGUGGAGAGUGACGGACUUGCUCUCACUAAGAGAACACCAUGCAAGAACCUUGCUCAUUCAUUACCGUUGGGAUGUGGAGAGAUUGCUUGCAGUUCUUGUUGAAAAGGGAAAAAAUUGCUUAUUUGCUGAAGCAGGGGUCCCUGUUCUUGAAGAAGUCGAUGUUGACUCUUAUGUGUCUUCUUCGACUGUGACGUGUGAUAUAUGCAUAGAAGAGGUAGCCGGGAGUGAGGUCACAAAAAUGGACUGUGGUCACUGCUUCUGCAAUGAUUGUUGGACAGAGCAUUUCAUUGUGAAAAUAAAGGAGGGACAGAGUAAGAGAAUAAGGUGCAUGGCUCACAAAUGCUUUGCAAUUUGCGAUGAAGCUGUUAUCAGACAGCUAGUUAGUAAAAGGCAUCCUGAUUUGGCAGAGAAAUUUGAUCGGUUUCUCCUUGAAUCAUACAUUGAGGACAAUAAAAUGGUGAAAUGGUGUCCCAGUAUCCCUCAUUGUGGGAAUGCUAUACGGGUAGAAAGGGAUGAAUUUUGUGAAGUAGAAUGUUCCUGUGGUUUACAAUUCUGUUUCAGUUGCUUAUCAGAAGCACAUUCCCCUUGUUCUUGCUGGAUGUGGGAGCUUUGGACCAAGAAGUGCCAAGACGAAUCAGAGACAGUUAAUUGGAUUACAGUUCACACUAAGCCUUGUCCGAAAUGUCACAAACCUGUUGAGAAGAAUGGAGGUUGUAACUUAGUUAGCUGCAUUUGUGGGCAAGCAUUUUGUUGGCUAUGUGGUGGAGCUACUGGCCGAGAUCAUACCUGGUCGAGUAUCAGCGGUCACAGCUGCGGUCGUUAUAAAGAAGAUCAGGAGAAGAAAUCUGAACGGGCUAAGCGUGAUCUCUAUCGCUACAUGCAUUAUCACAAUCGUUAUAAAGCUCAUACGGAUUCUUUUAAGCAGGAGUCUCGUUUGAGGGAGACCAUAAAAGAAAAGGUGGCAAAUUUGGAAUCCAAGGAUUCAAGAUUGAGAGAUUUUAGUUGGGUUACAAAUGGACUUUACAGGCUUUUCAGAUCAAGACGGGCUCUCUCGUUUUCAUACCCAUUUGCGUUUUAUAUAUUUGGUGAUGACUUAUUUAAGGAUGAAAUGACAAACGCAGAAAAGGAAAUAAAACAGCAUUUAUUUGAGGUCCAGCAGCAGCAGCUUGAGGCAAAUGUUGAAAAGUUAUCGAAAGCUUUUGAGGAGCCAUUUGAUGAUUACGAAGAGACACAUAUUAUGGAAAUGAGGAUGCAAGUCUUGAAUCUCUCUGUGGUAACUGAUACAUUAUGCAAGAAGAUGUAUGAAUGCAUCGAGACUGAUUUAUUGGGAGCUCUACAGUUCAGUAGUCACAAUAUAGCUCCAUACCAGUCAAAGGGCAUUGAAAGGGCAACAGAGCUUAAUGGAGGUCGAAGCGCCAAAGCAAACAACAUCAUCCCAUGUCAAAAAGCUCAUGACCAGACAAAUGGUUGUACAUUAUAACCAGAAAAAGAGUUAGUAUUUGAACAUUGUACUGCUGCUUCUUGUAUAUCUUGCAGGAGGUUCCAUAGAAUUUGUUCAGCCAUCGGGUUGUGGGACUUCAGAUGAGAUUGGAUGCUCCUCUAGGAAGCGUACAAGAAAGGAUUCUGGUGGUGGCUUUUUUGAUCUUAACUUGCCUGCUGAGCUCAUUGAUAGGAAUUGACCCUAUUGAGUUGCUGAUUAUUUUGAACCAAGUGUACAGACCUGAAAACAAAAAAGUAAAAAAAACCAAGUUAUUCUCAGAGAUUUGAGAUAAUGAUGCAACAGUCAUCCUCUUUUGUUCUUGAAAAUUUUUUAUAUGCCUUGUUGGAGGACAGGAAUUACCUUAAAUAGUCAUUAGUUUUGAUCCAGAAUUCAAAUGUAUAGCCUUUAUUUGGCAUCUUUUGGGGUAGAUAGAUAGUUAUGUAUUUUUUUCACUGGUCCCAUUAUGUGAUUUAUGCACUUUGCCACUGCUCCCUUGGAACUUUUGGUUUCAAGUCCAUUAUGGGAAAUAUAUUGGUAAAAUUUCUAAA